CGCACACAGGGCAGCAGCAGGAGGACAGGGGGAUCAACAUGUGAAUCAUUUGUCAACAUGGUAGGCCUAAAGAGUAAUGAAGAAAAUGUAUUAUCCUAACUACAGACAUCAGUGAGGACUGCAGCUAUGGACUUAUUCAAACAACAGAAAGUGGAGGAUUUCUAUGAAAUUGGUGAAGAGUUGGGAAGUGGGCAGUUUGCCAUUGUAAAGCAAUGCAGAGAGAAAAGCACAGGGCUGGAAUUCGCCGCCAAGUUUAUCAAGAAACGGCAGAGCAUGGCCAGCUCUCGAGGUGUGCGGCGGGAGGAGAUAGAGCGGGAAGUGGACAUCCUGCAGCAGAUUCAGCACCCAAACAUAGUCACGCUGCACGACGUCUACGAGAACCGCACUGAUGUGGUGCUCAUCUUGGAGCUGGUCUCUGGAGGAGAGCUCUUUGACUUCCUGGCACAGAAGGAGUCUUUGAGCGAGGAAGAAGCCACUCAGUUCAUCAAGCAGAUCCUGGAGGGGGUGAACUACCUCCAUGCAAGGGAAAUCGCUCACUUUGAUCUUAAGCCAGAAAACAUUAUGCUGCUGGACAAGAAUGUGCCGUUACCAAGAAUAAAACUCAUAGAUUUUGGUCUCGCCCACAAGAUUGAAGCCGGGGUUGAGUUCAAAAACAUAUUUGGAACACCUGAGUUUGUAGCACCGGAGAUUGUCAACUAUGAGCCACUGGGAUUAGAAGCCGACAUGUGGAGCAUUGGGGUCAUCACCUAUAUCCUGCUGAGUGGUGCUUCACCUUUCCUGGGAGAGACCAAACAGGACACUCUGAGGAACAUUUCAGCCAUCAAUUAUGAGUUUGAUGAGGAGUUCUUCUGUCACACCAGUGAGCCGGCCAAGAAAUUCAUCAGCCAGUUGUUGGAGAAGGAUAAGAGGAAAAGAUUAACAAUUCAAGAAGCUCUUAAUCACCCAUGGAUCAAGUCCAAUGAGCACAAGGAGGAGAAUAAAGCCAAGGAGCCAAAGAAACGGGAGCGGCGCCAGCUGAAGACAAAGCGCCUGCGGGAGUACACUAUCAAGUCCCACUCCAGCAUGCCACCCAACAACACCUAUGUAAACUUUGAGCGCUUUGCCCAGGUGGUGGAGGACAUUGACCAGAUGGAGAGCUCAUUUGUCAGCCUGGCAGCAGCCCAUGACUCCCUGCAGGAAGACAUCGAUGCCAUGGUCUCCAUAUACAAUGAGAAGGAGGCCUGGUAUAAGGAGGAGAGUGAAGAUGUGCGCCAUGAGCUCUCGCAAAUCCGCUACGAGUUCCGUAAAGUGGAGGCCUUUAAGAGGAGCCUGCAGGACGACAUGCAGGCCUUCAGCUCCAGCCUCGACGGAAUCAGCAACCGCUACCAGGAGAGACAGAACCACUUCGAUUCGCUGCGUCAAGAGCUCAGCAAUGAACUGAAGUGGGUGCAGGAGGUGAUGGGUUCAUUUCCCAUGGAUGGAGAUGGUGGAGGAUACCCCAACUGCAGCUUCUCCACCGUCUUCAACCACGACGUAAAUGAAGCCCUGAAGGAGCUGCUGAACCGCUCCUGUGGAGGAGAGCUGUUGUCCGGGAUCAACCUGGACUUAGAAACCGGACAGCAAAGAUAAAUGCUUCAGUUAUUCAAUAACCAUUUUAAAUCAUGGUGACUAGUAAAAUCUAAGAAAUAAGGCUUUCAAAAGGGUUUAAGUUCUACCUACAACCAUUUGCUUCUGAUGAGAACAUCAAGAAAGGGUUCCCUUGUAGGAAUAAGGGUUCAAUUAAGAACCUUUUUCUUCCAAGUAACCAUUUUUGGUAGAAAGAGUUCUUGAAUGAUUGAUGACAGCAUGGGUGUUACAAUAACCUUCCUGGCCACACCCCCAUAAUGAAUGUGAUCCAUGAAUGUUCUGGGUAGCCUCAUCAACCUGGCCCUUAAAGUAGCCUAUCGAAGACUAAAGCCACUGGAUAUGGUUCCAUAGAAAAUAGCUGAUAUGUUAAAGUAAAACAAAUUUUAGGUUGCUCGGACUAUACCCUAACCACAAUAUGUCAUUUAUGGGAUUCAAUCAUUUUGGGCUCUAAAGUCCACUACAAUGUGGUUCUUCGAGAAUUCAGAAGACAGGAUGAUAAUGGGUGAAACCCUUUUAAAAAGGUUAUGUUUAGGUCCCCUGUGAAUGUUCUAGAUAAAAUCCUUAUAUACAAGGAUUCCCAGUAAAACACCAUGUGUUUUUGGCAGCACCUGUAUGUGUAAAGGUUCUGGAUAGAACCCCAAGAGAGGGGUUUUGGGUAAAAAACAUUCACGGAUGGUUCUAGAUAUAUCCCCUUUUAUGCUUUGAUAGGUUAGAAGGUGGAACCUUGAACAUAAAGUGUUCUCCUAUAUAAUGGGGACAAGCUGAAGAAUGCUAUAUUGUUCAUGUAAGACCUUUAUUUCUAAGAGUUUACAUACCCAAUGUCACAAUAGGGAGGUCUGUGUCAGGCCAUAACGGAUUAUUUCUGUUGCAAUACAAAUCAGUCAUGUCAGAAAAGUAUUACCCAAUCUUCAAUUUUUUUAAUUAUUUGAACAACAAGGUAUGUCAUCACAUACAGUGCAUACAAUGCAAUGGUCAGCAGACUCAUUUUGGUAUAAGUGUUACGACUGGAGCACACAAAAACUGAUAGGACCCAAAUGCACGACUCUAGACAAAAGAUGAUUCAAAAAAAGGUUUUACUGUGAUGAUAAAACAAGGUAAUCCAUUCACAAGGUUCAAAACGAUCUGGCACUUGGCACAGAGAACACACAGAAUAUAUACAAAAGCAAGGGACUCCACAGGUGCAAACAAUAAGGGCGGGGCAGGUAAUCAGGUCAGUGGACAAACAGGCAAGGUAGGAAUCGAACUACCUGAAAUGAGAAGGGAAAUGACAAAGUAAAACAGGAAAUGGCAGACACAGACUUGACAAUAUAGACUCAGAGAAAUAAUACUAACAGAUCUGACGAGACACAACAGUACCCCCCCCUCUACGGCCGACUCCGGACGGCCCAGAGUCCUGUGGAUUAAGUCUGAAAAAGUCCUUUAUCAGUUUCUGAUCCACAACAAAACUUGCUGGUACCCACGACCGAUGUUCUGGACCGUAUCCUUUCUAGUCUACAAGGAAAUGUCAGCCGCGUCCUCUCUUCCUGACUGCUAGCAGUUUCUUGACGUCAUAUAUCAGACCGCCGUCUAACAUCCGGGGUGGAGGAAGAGGCUUGGAUGGAGGAACCAAACGACUCUCCCGAACCGGUUUGACUUUGGCAACAUGAAAGAUCGGAUGGACUCUCAAGGACCUGGGCAGGCGCAGGCGAACAGCCACCGGGUUAACAACUUUCGUUAUGCGAAACAGACCCACAAACCUCGGAGCCAGCUUCCUGGAGGCCACACACAGGGGCAGAUCUCUUGUAGAUAGCCAAACCUUCUGCCCGGGUUUGUAGGCAGGUGCCGGACGACGAUGUCGAUCUGCUGUCUUUUUCAUGCGAGCAGCACUCUUCAGGAGAACCUGGCGAGCUCCUGCCAAGACUCUGCGACACCGCCUCACCAGGGCAUGUGCUGACGGUACAGUCACUUCCUUCUCUACUUCUGGAAACAGAGGAGGUUGGUAAUCAUAGGCGCAGUGAAAAGGGGAGACCCGUGGCAGAUGUAGGUUGGGUGUUGUGGGCAUACUCCACCCAUAUCAGCUGCUUGCUCCAAGUUGUGGGAUUCUGGGACACCAGACACCGUAAACACGUCUCCAGUUCCUGGUUGAUCCUCUCUGAUUGACCAUUAGCCUGUGGGUGGUAACCAGAUGUGAGGCUGGGAGUGGCUCCUAUCAGGCUGCAGAAUUCCUUCCAAAACUGGGAAACGAACUGCGGCCCACGGUCUGACACCACAUCUCGAGGAAAUCCAUGCAGCCUGAAAACAUGAGACAAGAGCGCUUCUGCCAUCUCUUUAGCAGAGGGAGAUUUGGGCAUGGGUAAAAGUGAGUCAUUUUGGUGAAUCUGUCAACAACAGUGCAGAUGGUGGUGUUACCUGCAGAGGGCGGCAGUCCAGUGACAAAAUCCAGCGGCUUGGAAUGGACAAAGGUUGCAGUAGACCCAUAGGAGACUGGGUAGAGGUCUUAUUCCGAGCACAGGUAGUGCAGGCUGCCACAUACUCAGUAACCUCCUUCUCCAUUUUAGGCCACCAAAACCUUUGCUUUAUCAUGUACAUAGUUCGUCUGAUACCUGGAAGACAUGUUAAUACAGAUGUGUGAGCCCAGUGAAUCACGUCAGAG